AGUUUGGUUGGUAGGAUGAAGCUUUUGGUAGGCAAAAGUGAAAUUGCAACCAAAUUGAGCAAUAAAAUUUGUUUGCUAAAGAUUGCAUACUGCCAGUGCUAUCUACUAUUUAUAGUAACUCUAAAAAUAUCUAUGAAUGGUAACCCUGUAUUCAUAGCAAGCAAAGGAAAUAAUGACAAGAGAAAGAGUGAACGAAAGAUGUUAAAUGCCAAAAACUUGGCAUUUGCGCGCCUUUCUUCAAUUGAAUUUAACAAACAAGCGAAAAGAUUAGUGAUGGACAAGUAUAUCUAUAAAGCCUCUAAACCGUCCGAAGUAAGUGUGGACAAUAAUAACGACGACUUGUUCAGGUAAAAAAUUGCGACUAAGUAGGCAUGUACAUAUGUGUCAAUUAACAAAUACUGA